CGGACAUUAUAAGAGGAUCCCAUCCACGGGUCAGUAGGUGGAAGCAAUGCUCCAGUUGCAACCUUGAUCAUCUAGCUAGAGCACAGUGGGCUAUCUAUGCCCUGAACUGUUAGAGCACAACAUGUCCACUCAACUCGACGCCGCCUGGGUCGCCCGUCUCUCCCUACACGACCCCGCCCACUUCAGCAUCCAGCACUCGCAAACUCUGCAUCGCCUGGUGCUCCUACAGCACUGGAACAUCCCGACUGGUGCCAAGGUGCUGGAGCUCGGAUGCGGGCAAGGGGACUGCACGACUGUCCUUGCAACUGCCGUGGGCGAGCAAGGAAGCGUGGUGGCGGUUGAUCCUGCGGACCUGGAUUAUGGUGCGCCGUAUACCCUUGGCCAAGCACAGGGCCACAUUUCGCAAGGCUCACUGGGGGAUCGCAUUACUUGGGUCCAACAACCCCCUCUGGACUACCUGUCCUCACUCCAUCCCCCCUCCCCCUCUUCGCCCCUCGCCAGCCAGACUAAGGCCUUCGACGCAGCGGUGCUCGUCCACAGCCUAUGGUACUUUGCCUCCCCCUCGCUCAUUUUGUCCACCCUGUGUGCCCUCAAGCAGCACAGUAAGCGUCUCCUUCUCGCCGAGUGGUCGUUAGUCGCCACGCACCCCUCUGCUCAGCCUCACGUGUUAGCGGCGCUUACCCAGGCCGCGCUGGAGUGCCGUAAACCCAUUAGCAAUUCGAAUGUCCGCACGGUGCUGGGACCCAGGCGGCUUACCGAGCUGGCCCUGGCCGCCGGGUGGCAGUUGCAGAGCGAGACCCGCGUGCAAAGUGGGGAGGGCUUGUUGGACGGACAGUGGGAAGUCUCUGCUUGUCUGUCUUCAUCUUUCGAAAAAGAGGUGGAGGAGGCAGUGAGUGAUGGGAGGGAACGGGCAAUGGUUUUUGCGUUACGGGAUGCGUGUGCGGCGAGCUUGGAGGGUAUACCAGGGGGCCGGACAGGGGUUAGGGCCAUGGAUGUUUGGGUGGCUAGUUUCGUGUGAUCCGGCAACUUACCUCUGCUUUCCACAGUGGCAGACACCUACUUUCCUCUGCCUUGAUCUGGAAGCUAGCUAUGUGUGACGGUCGAGAGCGACCAACGGGCCAGGAUGCGGCAAAUGGAUCCAGUGACCAAUGCAGUAGUUUGAAAACAGGUCAUUCUUAGGGGGGUCCAGUGAUCAGUGUACCUGCCUGCAUUCAUAUGGAGGUUGCAGGCUUACGUGCAUUCGGGGUUUCGGACAGGAGAAAAGCCCGAGGCUAUGCAAGACAAAGAACCCAAUGCCUGGUAUGAUCGAACUUUGGUCAGCAAACAUGGACUGGAAGGUUCAGGGGCUGAUAGUAGUAUGCAGCUUGCUGUCUUUGCUUUGGUUAUGGGGUUUUCCAUCUAUUUCAUGCUGCGCCUGCUUAUUCUUUUGACAUCCUCUGUUAAUUUAUUCCUCUUUCUCAUCCC